AUGUCCGUGGGUGAACUCGAUGUUCCAGGAACAGCUCGAAUAUAUCAAGAAGAAGGCGAAACAGUGCAAAAUGCAGUUACACUAAUUCCGACACCAAGUAAAAAUCCGGAUGAUCCACUUAAUUGGACGAGAAAGAGGAAAUACCUCAUGUUAUCUUGUGUAGUGUUCUACACUAUCACGGCUACCAUCCUUUCAUCCGAUCUUUAUUCUGUGUUUGAUCCAUUGUCAGACUCUACUGGAUUAUCUUUGGAUCAGCUGAAUGUCGGAACAGGGUAUCUGUACCUUUUCAUCGGUGUGUCAACUCUAAUAAGUCAACCGGCUUCUUUGGCAUUUGGAAAGCGACCAACAUAUCUUGUAUCUGCCUUCGGAGCAGCCCUGGUGAACAUCUGGACAGCUUUUGCGAAAGGUAACUCGCAAUGGAUUGCCAGUCGAUUAUUGCUAGGAUUUUUUAUCUCACCAUCCUUCACUUUGGUCGAAGUUUCCAUUGCCGAUGUAUUCUUUUUGCACGAGAGAUCAUUUCCUAUCGGACUGUACAUCAACUUCCUGUUCGGCGGUGUCAGUCUUGGCCCUAUCCUCAGUGGUUACAUAUACGAAGGUGUAGGGUGGCGAGCUAUUAUCUGGUUAUCGACCGGCUUGACCGUGAUUAUGGGCAUCGUCUUAUUCUUCUUUCUUGAGGAGACCACGUUCGAGCGAGAGCACGACACACUGUCAUCGAUCACGUCACGGAACGACGCAGAGGUGGAGCAAGAGGAAAACGAUCCCAAAACAACCGAUAAAGGCGACAAGACGACUACGUCUGUUCAGAACGAGCAUUCGCAAUCUCGUCGACUCGAGAGCAUGGACAUUACGGAUGCUACCCCUUUCACACCAACUCCUUGGCCAGGUCCAAGGUUCUGGAAGUUCAUGAAACCUCACAAGCAUGCUCUAGGCAUCAUGACUAGAGGUUUUCUUCAACCUCUGGCGAUGUACAGACUACCUCUGAUUUGGUGGAGUGGGUUGAUGUACGCUACAUAUCAGAUCUGUUUCAACUUGAUCGCCGCCAUCUCUUCUGGUAUUCUCGCUGCUCCUCCAUACAAUUUCUCAACAAGUGCUGUUGGACUCACUUUCUUAUCACCUUUCCUUUCUGCUAUACCGGGUUCCGUAUAUGGUGGAUAUAUAACGGACAAAUUCGUUCUUCGACAAGCUAAGAAGAACCACGGUAUCGCCGAAGCUGAACAUAAACUCAAGCUAUACAUCAUUCCGGCCGCAUUGUGUCCAAUCGGAUUACUCAUGAUGGGUUUAGGACCCUAUUAUGGUGCUCAUUGGAUUGUGUACGUCCUCGGAUGUGCAAUCGUCAACCUUAUUGGUCCUCUCGCGACCAUCUUGACAGUCUCCUACGUGUUCGAUUGUUAUCAUCCUAUCCGCCCAAAGACUGAACACGGUGUGCAAGCUUGUGCUCAAGAUAUGGCACCUUACCUCUUAAGUACAGUACUGCUCGCAAUGGUGUUCACUUUCGGUUUUAAUUAUGUCAUCACACCUUGGUGCUUCGGUUGGGGUCUUAGGAACUUUGCAAUCUCAUCUGCAUUGAUCAUCACCGUCAUCAACGCCACAGUUCUUGUAGUAUUGAAGUGGGGUAAAAGGCUUAGAAGAAGCGGAGAGCGUCAUUACCGAAAGAUCAUUGAUUGGUAG